AUGCAAUCAGCAUUGGUGCACUCGGGGUCGGGAGUUCCUAGAGCCAAGCUCAUUGCUAGUUCACAACGGAAAUUCUUGGCAAUUGCACAUCACGAUGGUUCAAUAAGCGUGUUCAGUUUGUUCGAGCAGCUAUGCAGUAUCCUCAACCCCCAUCAAUCCGUCUGCUUCAUGAGAAUCGUCCGUGAUUCGCUGCUUGUCGGGUUCUCUUCGGGACUAUUUGCCAAGUUCAAUGUCUAUACGGGCGCUUUGAAGGUGUCUGUAAAGCUCGACUUUGAAGUGCGGGAUUGUUUGUUGGUUGAAUCGAGUAUUUUGCUAAUUGGGGACGACCCCCAGAUGAUCGUUGUCCAUCGGAAAACCCUAGAGAUCGAACACGCAGUUCCUCUCCCUGCUGUGCCUGUACAUGUUACAAAAUACGGAAGUCUUGCCAUCAUAUACUGCGAUGGCAAGAUCGACUACAUCAACGAAGAUACUUGGGAACUUUCACACGGAUUCUCCCUACCCCCUAAAGGCGGGAAAUCAGGCGUGGAGGAACCCAUUGUUGGCGCCUCAAUUUUGCCAAACGGUCAAUGGGUUAUUAUAAGACGCCAUGUUUGGACAUUAUAUGAAAAAGAAGACACAAGACUCGUUUCCCAGUUUGAAUCUGCCGCUGUGAGUCCUUUCAAUUACUGCGUUCCAGACGCUGAAGGAAUUCUGGUUGUUUGUGACGACGAACGGGUGAUCCUUAUUGAAAACAAUAAUGUCCAAGUUAUUGAUCCAACGUGGCCUCGCUGUACACUUGUCGGUGUAGCUUUUUUGGGUAUCGGCCGCUGUGCCAUUCUUCGCGAUCUCUCUUACUACGUGUUGGAUAAUUCAGGCCAAUGGAAGGGCCCGUCGACGUUCACAACAAUCACAAACUCAGAAUGGGCUACAAGUGAGGGGUACAUGAGUGACUCCAAGCUGAUCAAAUCUGUAAAGACUCAAGAAACCGUCUGUGAACUUCCGUCCCAGAUAUCUUGCCUGAAUAUUGACAAAACAACAUGCUAUGCUGGUCUUACAAAUGGAAGUCUUGCCACAAUUGAAGUUUCUGAUUCCGAUUGGAAGGUUUCUCAGGUAACACGUCUUCUCAAUUCGCCAGUUGUUGGGAUUCAGGUUUGUGAAAGAUGGGUAGUCACCUGGUCAAGUGACACGGUAGGUGCUCUAUCGGUAAGGGAUAAGAAUUUAUUCCAUAUUAUACCGAUAGGAAGGCGAGUGAAGUAUGCAUACACAUUUGCUGACCAUUUGAGGGUUGCCCAUGCCUUAGGAGAUCAGGAAUGGGAUCUCGAGACUAGCAUGACAAUCACUGGGGGCCAGCCCGAUGUCAUAUACCCCAAAUCUUUCCGCACAUGGAAGCCUAUAGCUGUUGCACCGUUCGAUGAUGAGCAAAAUACCUUUGGUGUUAUUUCUACGUUUUACAAGGGUAUAUCUGUUGCUAUCAUGCCUACCAAGCCCACAGCGCAAAGUGCACCACUUAUUUAUACCGUGAAGGCAUACCAAGGAGGUAGUAUAGCUGAAUCAGUUGAAGGACUUAGAGAGCAUACGUCAAUUGGAAACUAUGAGGAUUUUGUUGUUCAUAUCAGCUCUAUUGAUGCAAGCAUGGGGAGGCUGGCUGCUAGCAUUCUCACCGCGAUGUGGAGCCCGAUGAGGCUUACAGAGCUCGAGAAUUCAGCAGGAACAAGAGCGUUGGUGCUUUUGAAUGCCGUGUAUCCUCUAGUUCCGGUGGCUGAUUGGCUGAGACGGCAGCUUGGAGCGUUGUUUGAAGGUUCCCGUAAGGACAAAUUGUUGGGCCUGCAGUUGCUAACCAAACACCCCGACUUGGAUCUCUGUAGCUUUCCUUUUAAGGCAAUUGAGGAGACAAGAGAUAUGUGUACCACAGACACAUUCAUUUGUGCCGUUGCAAAGGCGGACAUUCGGCUAUUUAACGAUCUCAUGGCAGUUGCUGUAAAACAACAACAGCUCAUCCCUACAGCCCUCUACUGUAUUAAUGUCAUUCUAGAGAACGAUGCAGUGACAUUGAAAAAAGACGAGCUCGCUUCUUUAGUUGGAACUGUCACUAACAGUCUUUCAGCCGGAAAACUUGCCCGCGAUCUGUUGGCUAAUAUCUACUGGCGUUAUCCCAAGGAAGUUUUAUUCAAUCGCCGCAAGCAGAAAAUACUGGUUAUUGUUGAUAGCUCGCCAAUCUUUGCCACAGUUUUUGAUCUGCGCAAAAGCUCGCAUGUCGAUCUCACUGCCCCAGAGAGCGGCAUCACCGCGGUCGAGUUUGUGAGCGAUGGUGCCGGAGUUGAGGGCUCCUCAGCCACCCAAACCUAUUUCUGGGACUUGUCUACGAGCGUAUUUUCAGUUUUCAAGAGGCAGGUAGACAAGAUUGAGCCCCAAAAAAUCACCACCACGAUGGUCACCAAAACCUUGUAA